CAGCAAGCAAUUCCCCACUUCCACGUUCGUUUACCUCACCGAACUAAAGUCAACAUGUCUGGACGCGGCAAGGGCGGCAAGGGCCUGGGCAAGGGCGGUGCCAAGCGCCACCGCAAGGUGCUUCGCGACAACAUCCAGGGCAUUACCAAGCCCGCUAUCCGCCGUCUGGCUCGCCGUGGCGGUGUGAAGCGUAUCAGCGGCCUCAUCUACGAGGAGACCCGCACCGUGCUCAAGACCUUCCUGGAGAACGUGAUCCGCGACUCGGUCACCUACACCGAGCACGCUCGCCGCAAGACCGUGACGGCCAUGGACGUGGUCUACGCGCUCAAGCGCCAGGGCCGCACCCUGUACGGCUUCGGCGGUUAAGCGGCCAGCUCCAGGCUGCACGCUGCGCACACUGUUGCGGUCCCUGUGACCCGCAACACCAAAACAAACUCGGUGUUUCUCAACACCACCUCUUUGCCUUUGGUUGUGCCUCGGGUGCUGGCCAGGGCGUGGGCAGAAAAGCUGCCGUGAGUGAAGGGUCUGGGUGCAAGGGGGCGAGGCGGGUGACACAGCGGUGGAAGGGGAAGCACGAGUCACCGGGUAAACUUACAGUGCCGUCCAGGGGUGCGUUCACAUGCCCCCAUGGUGUAAUAGGGCUCUCGC